CAGAAGAAUCUGGAAGGAUAUGUGGGCUUUGCAAGCCUCCCCAACCAAGUGUACAGAAAGUCUGUCAAACGGGGCUUUGAGUUCACUCUGAUGGUUGUGGGAGAGUCAGGAUUGGGCAAGUCGACACUGAUCAAUUCUCUCUUCCUAACGGAUCUGUACUCUGGAGUAUACCCUGGACCUUCGCAUAGAAUCAAGAAGACCGUUCAGGUGGAGCAGUCCAAAGUGUUGAUGAAGGAGGGUGGCGUCCAGCUUCUGCUCACGAUAGUGGACACUCCAGGAUUUGGAGAUGCUGUAGACAACAGCAACUGCUGGCAGCCGGUCAUCAAUCACAUCGACAGUAAGUUUGAGGAUUAUCUGAAUGCUGAGUCACGUGUUAACAGACGGCAGAUGCCGGACAGCAGAGUGCACUGCUGCCUGUAUUUCAUCGCACCCUCAGGACAUGGACUGAAACCUCUUGACAUAGAGUUCAUGAAACGGUUGCAUGAGAAGGUCAGCAUCAUCCCAAUGAUUGCCAAAGCAGAUACCCUCACCCCGGAAGAGUGCCAACAGUUCAAGAAACAGAUCAUGCGAGAAAUUCUGGAGCACAAGAUCAAAAUCUACGAGUUUCCAGAGAUGGAUGAUGAGGAAGAUAACAAGAUUGUGAAAAAAAUCAAAGAUCGGUUGCCCCUGGCUGUGGUCGGAAGCAACACUAUCAUCGAGGUGAACGGCAAGAAGGUUAGAGGAAGGCAGUAUCCAUGGGGAGUGGCAGAAGUUGAAAAUGGAGAGCACUGUGAUUUCACACUCUUAAGGAAUAUGCUCAUCAGAACCCACAUGCAGGACCUCAAGGAUGUAACAAAUAACGUCCAUUAUGAGAACUACAGAAGCAGGAAGUUGGCAGCUGUAACCUGUAACGGAAUCGACAACAACAACAGAGCUAAAGGCCAGCUCACCAAAAUUGACACAGUUGAAGGCAUGAGCCCCCUCGCUCAGAUGGAUGAGGAGAGACGGGAGCAUGUGUCCAAGAUGAAGAAGAUGGAAAUGGAGAUGGAGCAGGUGUUUGAGAUGAAAGUCAAGGAGAAGAUCCAAAAGCUGAAAGAGUCUGAGGCAGAGCUUCAGCGGCGUCAUGAGCAGAUGAAGAAGAACCUGGAGGCUCAGCAUAAAGAGCUGGAGGAGCGACGACGUCAGUUUGAAGAUGAGAGAGUUAACUGGGAGACCCAGCAGCGUAUUCUGGAGCAGCAUAAAAUGACUUUGGAAAAGAACAAGAAGAAAGGGAAGAUCUUUUAAAAGUAUUUUGAAGAUGAGCAGGUUGAUCUCAUUGGCCAAUCCCCCCUGACCUGAUAUCUGUGUAGCUUUCGGUCAGACUCCGAUCCAUCUGUGCAUUCUGGUGGAGGCAUUCAAGCUGUUCAUGGACUUCCACAAAAGAGUUUACCUUCAUGAAUCUCUAAGGCAAGCCAAACCCGUAUGAAUCUUAAAAGAAAUAUAUAAAUAUGUAAUAAACUAUUUUCAAGACGUUUGUUAAUAACUUACGACCUCAUAUCUACAGUUCAAUACAAAGAAAUGUCUGACUGUUGAACUAUAUUGUGGUGAUAAAUUAUUUCUUUAUAAACCCAAUAUCAUGAACCUCCGUUACAAGUGUUGUAUGAGAAAAAUGUGACUGCGUGCCCUCUAUUUUUCCCAAAACAGAUUGAAACCUAAUGAAUCCUGUGUAACGUGGCCAAAUCAUACAACCAUAAAUGCACAACAGUUGAAGGGGAUGUGCAAACGUAUUUUUUUGUUCUCAUGGCUUAUGAUUUACUUUUUUCUUAUUGCAGAAGUUUCCAAAAGAUAAUGUCUUUCUAGUCAGUUAUUUUCUAUAUAUAUAUAUAUGUGUGUGUGUGUGUGCGUGCAUGCAUGCAUGCGUGUGUGUGUGUGUGUGUGUGUAUGUGUGUGCACGUACAAUAAGACAGCUAGCAUAAUAUUUUUUGUACGUUUAUUAGAAUAAGCAGGCUGGUGUCUUAAAAUACACACACAAAUAUUUUAAUCUUUUUUUUUUCUUUUUUUUUUUAGUGCAUUGCAAUUUUAUCACAUAAUUCCAUCUAAUAAAAUUGUGAUUUUAAAAUAUUUCGUUUUUCUUUCUUUUUUUUAGAUUACUAAUUAAAUUAGAUGGAAUUUUGUUAUGAAACUAAAAUGCAUAAAUCAAAAUCUUUCAAGUGCAUAGACAACAUCAGAAAUAUUCCUCAAAUGGUUGUGCUUAUGCAAGAGUCCUAUCAACAUGUUUGUCUGUAUAAAAUGACAUGUUCUGUACAGUAUUUUCCAGCUGUUUGGACAAAAUGAGUCCAAAGCUAUUUGUAUUGUUAUGUUCUCCAAUUCUGUAUUUUUUUAUUUUAUUUUUCAUUUGUAUUGUACAGUCUCUUAAUAAACUGGUGAUGAUACAAGUUGACCGAAUCCAGAUUGAUGAAAGAUGUAUCAAAUAAUAAGGGAGACCAGGGGCAUUCCCU